AAAGUUCAGAACAGCGGUAUAACCCACGAAUCUUAUCUGUCAUCGCCUUGUAUAAAACCCCCCAGCCCACGCACUCGAAGAGAGAAAGUAGCGAGAGAGAGAGAGAGAGAGAGAGAGAGAGACAUCAUGGGUCACCAUUGUUCAUCUUCUUCAAGUCCAUCAAUGCUCUCGCUCAAGUGCCUGCUCAUGCUGACAGCAACGUUCGUGGCCUCGUCCCUACCCUCCGGCACGGCGAAUUGGGCCAGCGAGCAAGAGGCAGACCGGGUGUACCGGCUCCCCGGCCAACCGGAUGUGAAGUUCAAGCAAUACGCAGGGUACGUGACGGUCAACGAGACGCACGGGCGAGCCUUGUUCUAUUGGUUCUUCGAAGCCACCGACAAGCCCCAGGACAAGCCUCUCCUACUUUGGCUCAAUGGAGGUCCUGGCUGUUCAUCGAUUGGUUAUGGACAGUCAGAGGAAUUAGGACCUUUCUUCCCUCAGAAGGACCAGCCAAAGCUGAAGUUCAAUCGUUACACUUGGAACAAAGCUGCAAAUCUGUUAUUUGUAGAAUCACCAGUCGGGGUUGGAUUUUCCUACACCAACACAAGUAGCGACAUCGGUCAGCUCGGAGACACCAUCACGGCUCAGGACUCGUACGUGUUUCUGGUGAACUGGUUUAGAAGAUUUCCACAGUUCAAGUCCCACGAUUUCUACCUUGCAGGAGAGAGCUAUGCAGGACACUAUGUUCCACAGCUUUCGGAGCUUAUUCUCGACAACAAUAAGAAGCUCUCAAAGGAAGACUACAUUAAUUUGAAGGGUCUAAUGAUCGGUAAUGCAUUACUAGACGACGACACAGACCAGAGGGGGAUGAUCGACUAUGCGUGGGAUCACGCGGUCGUAUCCGAUCGCCUGUAUCACGACAUCAAGGCGACGUGCAAUUUUAGCCAGGAGAAUUUGACCUCAGACUGCACCUCGAACCUCAACAAGUACUUCGCUGUUUACCGGAUCAUUGACAUGUACAGCUUAUAUGUUUCCAAAUGCGUGAAUAGUAACUUCAGCAGCACCCGCCAACGUCCGGUCAUCGAUGGCGUCAUCGCGCCCCGAUUGCUCUCCAAAUUUGCCGGAUGGCACAAGAGGCCAGCGGGUUACGACCCGUGUGCGUCGGACUACACUGAGGUGUAUUUCAACAGACCAGACGUUCAAGAAGCGCUUCACGCGAAUGUCACCAACAUCCCAUAUCCAUGGACUCACUGCAGCAAUAACAUCUCCUUUUGGAACGACGCGCCAGCAUCGAUCCUUCCCAUAAUCCGGAAGCUCAUACAAGGAGGCUUGCGCGUGUGGGUGUAUAGCGGAGACACCGAUGGGAGAAUCCCGGUGACUUCAACACGAUACACAUUGAAUAAACUUGGCCUCGAUAUUGUUCAGGACUGGACACCGUGGUACAACUAUCAACAGGUGGGCGGAUGGACGGUAGAGUAUGACGGGUUGACCUUUGUGACUGUGAGAGCUGCGGGUCACCAAGUCCCAACUUUUGCUCCCAAGAGAGCUCUUCAAUUGGUCAAGCACUUCUUGGCCAAUGAGACAUUGCCAUCUGUGCCAUUCUAGAAAGCCUAUCUUUUUUAUUUUUACUUCAUUGUUGCAUUCGAAUUUGGCUUUUUCUUUUCUUUUUUCUUUUUGUUGCUUUUUACUUGUUUCUUACACCAGAAGUAAAUGAAGGAAAGUUCAAUAGGCUCGAUUCAAGGUCAAAAGUUUGUCACAGGGUCAUUCACAAAGAUUACGGCAGUCAAGAGAAAAGUGCUCCUUUUUCCACUUUGUA